GGCCCUGAUGGGUACACUGCUGCCUUCUUCAAGAACCAGUGGGAAAUUGUGGGUCAGGACGUCUUUGGAGCUAUUUUGGAGUUCUUCACUACUGGUAAAUUGCUUAAGCAGUUAAGUCAUGCUAUGAUUGUCUUGAUUCCUAAAACUACUCACAACCCUACUGUGAAGGACUUUAGACCCAUUUCUUGUCUAAACGUCCUUUAUAAAGUGAUUACCAAAAUCCUUGCUAGGCGUAUGGCUCCUCUUCUCCCACAGCUCAUUGAUCCAGCACAGGGGGCCUUUGUCCAGGGUAGAUCACUAGUGGACAACCUCCUUCUGGCCCAACAUUUGAUCAGAGAUUAUGCCAUCAAGAGGUCCACACCUAGUUGCAUGAUUAAACUGGAUAUCACCAAAGCCUAUGACACUGUCUCUUGGAGCUUUCUUGAGGAGGUGAUGCUUGGCCUGGGCUUCCCAGUUACCUUCAUUUCCUUCGUUAUGGAGUGUGUGACUUCUGCCUCCUCUUCUAUUAUGGUUAAUGGGGAAGGUCAUGGCUUUUUCAGGAGCAAACGUGGGCUGAGACAAGGGGAUCCUAUGGCACCAACCCUUUUCCUUUUUUGUAUUGAGUAUCUCUCUAGAUUACUCAACACUUGUGCUAAGGAGGGGCUGUUUUCCUACCACAAAAAUUGUGCCUCCUUGGGUAUUACACAUUUGGCUUUUGCAGAUGAUAUUAUGCUUUUCUCCCGGGCAGACUUCCACUCAGUGCAGAUCCUUAUGCAUUCCUUGGAACACUUUUCAAGUGUUUCUGGUCUAACCUUGAAUCCUACUAAGUCCAAUAUAUUUAUCGCUGGGAGACUUAGGGAUGCUAGCCAAGACAUCCUGGAUUUGGCCCCCUUUCCUCGUGGACACCUCCCAGUUAGAUAUUUGGGACUUCCUCUGGCUUCACAAAGAAUCUCUGAGAAUGAUUAUGCUCCUCUCUUCAAAUCUGUGGAUGGCUUUUUAUCUAAAUGGGGUACCUUGAAGAUUUCUUAUGCAGGUAAGCUUGAGUUGAUCAGGGCAGUGAUCCAAGGGGUCCAAUCAUUCUGGCUACAAGCAUUCCCAGUACAGAAAUAUGUCCUUGAUCGUAUCACUUCCCUUUGCCGGGACUUCCUCUGGGGGAGUAAAUUUGCUAAAGUGGCAUGGUCCGAUAUUUGUAAACCUAAAGCAGAGGGGGGUUUGGGUCUUAGAGAUGCUGAGACUUAGAACAAUGCCCUCCUUUGCAAGAUCCUUUGGAAUGUUGCAUCAAAGAAGGACUCACUAUGGGUCAAAUGGGUGAAUAAUAUAUUUAUUAAACAAGAUGAUAUUUGGCAGUGGCAGCCUAAGAAGAGAUACUCCGUCCUCUUCAAAAGGCUUGCCUAUGUGCGAGAGCUUCUUGUCCAGAAGCUUGGCAGCCAUAACUCCUCCAUGGAAGUGGCUAUGCAGACUGUAUGUGAGGGUGAUAACCUUGUUCCGAGCAAGGUGUAUGAUUUGCUUAGGGUGAAGGCCAACCCCAAGCCUUGGAUGGCUUUUAUUUGGCACUCGACUAUUCCUCCUAAAUGCUCCUUUACGAUGUGGCUAGUAUUUAGGAGGAGGCUGCCCACUAAAUCAAAUUUGGAAUUUCUGGGCCUGCCUAUGGAGUGUACCCUCUGUGGGGAUACCCUUGAGGACAUUGAUCAUUUGUUUUUUGGGUGUGUAAUCUCAAAGCAGGUUUGGGAGGCCAUUAAGCAGUGGUUACGGAUUGAUGGGCACCUGAGCACUCUUGAU